AGGCAACGAUUUUCCCUUAUUCACACAGAACACUUGAUAAUAUUUUAAACUUUCCACAAAUUCUUCAACAUUGAUAUACAAAAAUGCCUCCGAACACCAAGGAGGAUAGGACUAGGAAGUUCAUGGUGGGUAGCAGUGACUCAGAGACCGAAAAUGAGGAUCUGGCCCUGAUAAACAUGGUUCUCAGGAAGCUGAGUAUCAAGGAUCAAACUCUGCUCCAUAGGCACUUUAAAAAUGUACCCGAGGCAUUCAAUACCCUGUGGAAGGAUCAGCACCAACGUUUAGAUUUGGGUCAAAUGCAGUGGAAACUGCACGGAUCGAAUCUCAAUUUAUUUCUUCAAGAUAUGUAUUCGGAUUUUCGUAGCAUCCAUUUUCGCAGUGAACAGCUGCAGGAGGAGUUGAACAUAUUGGAACAGGCGGGCAUUGAACGACUGGUCCAUGUGGAAUCCUGUGAAAUUUCGUGGGGUAAUUCGGUGAACAAGAAUAUUACAAAUGUGCCACAAUGGCCUUUUCAUGCCUUGCCAAAACUCUUGAGCAACCUGCUUCACCUGGAGAUACAUGCUCCUAUACAGGCCUGUUUUAUAGAACAGUUUCGAAGACUGGAAACCUUAAAGAUGCAUCAGGAGAUUUCCAACUCAGCUUUGGAGGAAAUUUUGAGUAGUGAGGCGCCUUUGAUGCAAUUACAUUUUCCAGGGGACUUUACCUACCCACUUUUGGGAAUCUCAAAGUGUAAACACCUUAAGAGUCUAUUGAUAAAUCUUCAGAGCUUUCUAUCCAGUCCAAAUGAAAUCCUAAGAUUGUCGAAACUCUUGGUUUUGAAGAUCACUAAGCUCACAAAAAGUGGGGACUCUCUAAAGGCUUUAUCCAAAGUGAUUGCGGAGAAAGGAAGUCACCUUAAGAGUCUUCAGCUCAACUGCAGUUUCAUGGACCAUGGAAAGUAUUUAUCAGAACUGGGUCUUAAUCGCUGUUUAAGCUUGGAAAAGCUAGAGCUGGUGGAUUUCAAAUUUAAAGAUCAGGACAUGACCAAGCUCUGUCUUCCAGUAACCCAAAGGUAUGCCAUCUUUGGCAAUUGCCCCGAACUUUUCGAUGAUCAACUUUUGGACUUUAUCAAGGCCAGUCCCAGACUUAUAGAACUUGUGCUUAUAGAGUGCCCAAAGCUGACAGAAGCUCUACUCCAUGAUGUUGUAAAAGUGCGGAACAGCGGUGAAGAACUAGAGCCCUUGUUGAUCAGAGUUAAGAAUUGCCAGGAUAUUUGGGAUUCCUAUCAGAAGAAUUUCCUUAUCUAUUGGGAACGUAAACAAUCCUUAGUCAAGUUGGAGUGCAAAACAGAGGAAAUCAAGCCUAUUGAUAAUGUCCAGUUAAUCUUUCACGAACCUUUGGAGGGUCCUAGUAUAAUCCAAGUGAGAGUUUAACUGGGCUUAUACAAUUUUUCAAACGAUUUCUUUACAAAUUAAAAGGUAUAUAAAAAAUAAACAAGGUUUUUAAAAACGUUAA